GCUGAAGUUGUCGCUUCUCUUAGCAACAACAAUUGGCGGUAACAAUUACCAGAAUUACAAGGGAUACUUAACCUCAAAUACUCACGCGCAUGCGCUUCGCGUUUUCGAAGUAAAGUACUCAGCUGCCGUUCACUUUCAGGCAGUAGUCCGACGCUUCUGGCUCUCAACAAUACCAAAACUAAAGUUCCUUAGCAAAAUUUUGCAACCUUUACCUCGUCGACAUGUCUACGUUAAGACCAUUCACCUGCGAUGACUUAUUUAAAUUUAAUAAUGUUAAUCUGGAUCCUCUCACAGAAACUUAUGGAUUAUCUUUUUAUAUGCAAUAUUUAGCACACUGGCCUGAGUAUUUCCAAUUGGCAGAAUCGCCAAGUGGUGAAAUCAUGGGUUACAUUAUGGGAAAAGCAGAAGGAGUUGGUGAUAACUGGCAUGGACAUGUCACAGCUCUCACUGUUUCUCCUGACUAUAGAAGACUGGGCCUUGCUGCUACCCUUAUGAAAUUUUUAGAAGAGGUUUCAGAAAAAAAACAAGCGUAUUUCGUAGACCUUUUUGUGAGAGUUAGUAACAAAGUGGCAAUAAACAUGUACCAACAAUUAGGAUAUAUAGUUUAUCGGACUGUAUUAGAAUAUUAUAGUGGUGAUCCUGACGAAGAUGCUUACGAUAUGAGAAAAGCCUUAUCGAAAGAUGUCAAAAAGCAAUCAGUAGUUCCUUUAGCACAUCCGGUGCGACCUGAAGAAGUGGAUUAAUUUUGUACCUAUUUAUAUUGAAUACAAUGACGAAUAAAAUGAUGACUUUAAAUUUCUCACAGUUA